AUGCUCGCAGGCCUAAAGCACCUCAUCUGUGGCUCACAUCCUGAGAUCCUGAGAUCAGUUUUUCAUCUCACUGAGAAGGAGGAGCUGCUGAACAAAAGGGUGAUGAAGUACUGGGCCAACUUUGCAAGACAUGGGAACCCCAACAGCGAGGGUCUACCCUCCUGGCCUGUGAUGGGCCGUGAUGAGCAGUACCUGCAGUUGGACACCCAGCCUGCUGUGGGUCGAGCCCUGAAGGCCAGAAGGCUGCAGUUCUGGACCAAGACUCUGCCCCAGAAGAUCCAGGAGCUCAAGGGUUCUCAGGACAAGCAUGCAGAGCUGUAG